AAAAUUUUUCAUAAAUAAAAAUCUUUUAUCUCUAAGAGAAUGGGCGCAUAUAAGUAUUUACAAGAGCUCUGGAAAAAGAAGCAAUCAGAUGUGUUGAGCUUCAUUAUGAGAAUCAGAACAUGGGAAUACAGACAAUUACCAGUGAUUCACAGAGCAACCAGACCAAGCAGACCAGAUAAAGCCAGAAGAUUAGGGUACAAGGCCAAGCAAGGCUAUGUGAUUUACAGAGUGAGAGUUAGAAGAGGAGGCAGAAAAUUGUUGAUCAGAAAGGGACUCGUCAAGGGCAAGCCCAAGAGUCAAGGAGUCAAUUAAUUAAAGCCCACCAGAAACCUUAGAUCAGUUGCUGAGGAAAGAGUAGGCAGAAAGAUCGGAGCACUUAGAGUUUUGAACUCUUAUUGGGUUGCCUAAGAUGGAACAUACAAAUAUUAUGAAGUCAUCACCGUUGAUCCAUUCCACCCAGCAAUCAGAGGAGACUCAAGAAUCAACUGGAUCACCAAACCAGUUCACAAGCAUAGAGAAUUGAGAGGUUUAACAUCGGCUGGCAGAAAGAGCAGAGGACUCAGAGUCAAGGGUCAUCGCAACAAUCAAACUAGACCUUCAAGAAGGGCCAAUUACGCCAGAAGAAAUAGAAUUUCCCUCAGAAGAUUUAGAUGAUGUUUUUUUUUAUGCAUAUACUCAAGUACAAAUUAACAAUAACAACACCACAUAAAAUAAU